CGGUUGACCUGCGCCGUCACGCGAAGAAGACGCUAGGGCGUCUGCGCGGACAAACGGAAGUGUAGGUGACGGUCUGAGGCAGCACCGCCAAGCUGGGAACCGGGGAGAUGGCCGAGACUGACCCCAAGACCGUGCAGGAUCUCACCUCGGUGGUGCAGACACUCCUGCAACAGAUGCAAGAUAAAUUUCAGACCAUGUCCGACCAGAUCAUUGGAAGAAUUGAUGACAUGAGCAGUCGCAUUGAUGACCUGGAAAAAAACAUUGCAGACCUCAUGACACAGGCUGGGGUGGAAGAGCUGGAAGGCGACAACAAGAUCCCCGCCACACAGAAGAGUUGAAGGUGGCUCAAUUGCACUGAAAUCCAGAGCACCCUUUUUACAAGCCAAGAGACGACGGAUGGCUUUUUGCAACUAACUACUAUGUGUAGACAGGUUUUAUAUUAUAAAGUGUGCAUUCUUCUUGCCACAUACUAUAGAGUUAGGUUAUAGAGUGACCUCUCCCCCCCACCCCCCGUGUUUCCUGAACAUGGUAACUUCAUAUCUUGGCCCUUGGUCAGUUGUGCUAUUAAACACUAAAACUUUGGCAGUUCCUGCGAACAAUUGUCCAAUUUUUUAGUGUAUUUUUGUGCAGUCGGUUUUUUCCUAUCUUUCCCUUCGUAGCAGUUGCUGUUGGAUGAAAGUCGUUGUGUAGUUCUUUUAAUUAGACGUGGAGUAGAUCCUCAGUUAUAAUUAGGUUUUGUGAAGUGAAACAUUUAUAGUUAGGGUUCUUUAAUUCUCAGACCGUGACUGUUCAAUGAACACCAAAUAGUGUGCUGAUAGAGUUUCAGGUGGUUGAAAACAUGUCAAAUUGUGUGUUCAGAAAUAUCUGGCACUACUGUGCCACCCAACCUCGGAAUUGAACCGUGAUUUUAUGUCCGAGUCCCUGAGGUCAGAUGCUACAGUGACAAAGAGUGACCACUGCCACUUAGGUUAGAAUUCUUAAAUAUGGAAAGUAGCAAAAUUGCCUGGUGUCCGGAGGCCUUUCGUAGUUAGAGUUUUGCAUGACGUUUGAGCACUUCAGUAGGCCGUGCUUUGUCCGUCGGCAGUAGUUCCCAUAGGAAAUGUGGCGGGAUUGGACGACUCUGCUGCUUCGUGUCUUGAGCUCCUGGCUGGGCAAAGAGACAGGCAAGGAGAGCAGACCGUGUCCAGUCCGGCCAGUGACUUGGCUAGGAGAUGAGAAGUGAUUUGUUAGAGGCUCGAGUUUUUAAGGAACUCUGUUUCUGAAAACUCUUUCUUACCUAAAUCCCAGCAGAGCAAUGGUUUUGUUAUGGGUGCCGGGAGACACUCACCCUUGCAGCUUAGCAGGAGGGUGAGCCUGGAGGCCAGCGCUGACAGGAGGAGGCCCGCGAGGCCGUCCCGGCGGGGUGAGCAAUGGCCAUUGUGCUUUUGAGAGGGAAACCCUUCGUCAACAGGGUGUGUGUUUUCAGAGUCUUCCUGUGUCACCAGUCUCAAUUGUUUGUAGUGCACAUAUAUAAUAAUAUUAAGGAAUAAUUUGUCCUGUUUAUAAAUUAUACGGGGAACACAAAGGAGUGGAUUUCUUCUGGGAUGAAAUGGAUUCCCCACUGUCCUUACGGCGCCGCAGAAACUCCUUUGCCGGGCCAGUAGGUCAUGCUCCGAGGUGUAGCCCUGAGAGCCCGGAGCCAGCUGGAUUCUGAGGACUAAACGGAGCCGUGUGUGGGAUGCGCCCGGGGCUGGGAUGUGGCAAGGGAACAGUCGGGCAGAGGGCGUCAGCUUCCUUAAGUCCUGGGCAGGUGUCAGAGCAAGCUCGGGAGACCAGAAACACCUGCUGUGAAUAAAGGUGCCUGAAUCCUG